CAGAACAGGUCCAGGAACUGGUGGCGCUGCCUGCUCUACGCAAGCGAUGGCACGAGCGGCAGACGAUUACACCAGAGGCAGAGCUGGAGACCGAUUGGACCAGUCUGGCUCGCGCCAUGAGCUCCCUCCCGGCAGGUGUGCAACGUUGGACCACAAAGCAUGCCGUGGGUAUGUGUGGUGUAGGGAAGUUCAAAGUCCGGUGGGGUGCCGCAGACUCAGCUGCAUGUCCCUGCUGCGGCGAGUUCGAGGACCACCUUCACGUUCCUCGAUGUACGGCGCCCUUGUUGGACCAAUGGUUGGACACUCAAGUCACUGACCCAGCCAUCAAACACGCUAUCCUCUACCUUCUUCAAGGGGCUCGUGAUCCGUCCCUACCUCGCAGUCGGUUGGUUCCGGUUCGUCUUCGCCGCGCUUUCCUCUCCUAA